CUCGACCAGAUAAUGUCCACCCAAGCAAGGCUUUGGCCCGCGGGCCGGCAAGAAGCCAAACUCUUCCGUCCGAGAUUGGGUUUCGGGCCCACCGCCCAAUUAUGAAAUUCCCCAUCCCUUGCAACAAUGAAUCCCCCUGUAUUCCUGCAGAAGCUCGCUAGACACAACCCCUCCAUUUCUCUUCAAUGCUUCUCCCUCCAGUUCAUCUGCUGAUUAUUCCGUCAAUGCACUACGGUUCCAUAUAACGGUCGACAUGGGGUCGGGGAGCACAUUCCAGCUCACGCCCGAAUUCCUGGCGCAGGACCGACGUCCCCAGGCCAGGAUCGGGAUUGGGGUUGUGACAGCACUGUCGGGCAUCGUUGUCUUGGUUCGCGUGUAUGCUCGUUGGUUCAUGAUCCGCAGCUUUGGCUGGGACGAUGGCAUCAUCUGCAUUGCAAUGUUGACCAAUAUCGUCGUCAUGGCACUCUCACUUGAAGUCCUCCGCUACGGUGCCGGUCUCCAUGUCUGGGCCCUUGAUGUCGCCCAGACACCUCUGCUCUACAAAUGGCUGGUUGCAGCUCAGCUGGUGUACAUGAUCGCUCUAUGGAUGUGUCGUUUAUCCGGAUUGGCUUUUUACCGUCGACUAAAUCCGAUGCCACAAUUCCAGAUAUACUUGCGAGUCUCCUUUGCCUAUGUAACGGCCGUCAUGGUUGCACAGGUUCUUAUCAUUGCCCUUCAGUGUAUCCCGCUUGCUGCGCUCUGGGGUGGUGCCGAGGGGAAAUGUCUGGGAUCGAAGACAGUAUUCAUUUCCACCGCUGCGAUGACGAUUAUUUGCGACUCGCUCAUUCUUCUCCUCCCGGUGAAGAUCGUGUUUUCCAUCAAAGCGAACGCCACACGAAAGGCCGCAUUAAGCGUGGUACUAUGUUUCGGUAUUUUUGCCGUCAUGACCUCCGUCUGCCGCAUCGUCUCCAUGAUCCCCGCUAUCAAUGAAACCGACGCAACCUGGUAUUUUUCCGUCGUGAUGGUCUGGUCCGACACCGAAGUCAGCACCGCCAUUAUCGCCUUGUCCCUGCCUGCCUUGAAAGGUCUAGUUGGAGCCGUUGCAGGUAGUACACGAAAGGGAACUUCUCAAGAACAGAGCGGGAGUAACGGCCACGACCUCAAUCUGGAAAACGUUCAUCGUGACAUGCACGACAACUAUCCGGCCGAUCGUAUUAGCAUCGGCGAUAACGCAAGCCAGGACCCGAUCUGGGUAGAUGAGAGCGUAGGAGGAAUUCAUGUCAAGAAUAGCAUCCGUGUUAGUGUCAGCGAUCGAUAAAGCUGGACUACCACUACCAAGAAUAUAUUGGAGCUGCCGUGGAUACUUUCGGCGCAGAGUACAACGGGUUCAAGAUUCAACGUCCGGGCUAAUAUUUCACCAUCGGGUGGAGUCACCUAACCUGAUCCAGCUGCAUGUAAGACCGCAAUGAACAAGCAUGCUUGAGUCGCUCGGUCUGGAUCGUGGAUGAUUGUUCCUUCCCUCGGCCAUCAAUGCGAUAUCCACUGUUGGACCCUUCUACAUGCCUCAAGAACAUAGCCAAGGGCUCUGUGUUGCGCUAAUGGAAUAAACGC